AUGAGGUAUCGUUGCUUUGUGCGUUAUUUCACUUCAACUUCGUCAUUGACGAGUCAACUUGAACCGUAUAUACCACCAUCAUGGAUAUCAAAAAAUAUUGAUAAAAAAUAUAUUCCUGAUUAUCGUCUACAUUUAAUUCGUCAUGAAACAUCCAUUGAAGAGUGGCAUUUACCUCAAAUUGAAAAAAAGAUUUAUAUUAAACGUGAUGAUACGAUUGAUGAAUUAGGUUGUGGAAAUAAAUUAAGAAAACUUGAGUUUAUAUUUGCUGAAAUAUUAAAACGAAAUUGUUCACACAUAAUAACAGCAGGUUCUCUGCAGAGUAAUCAUUGUAAAGCGGUAGCAAGCGUUGCUGCACGUUUAGGUAUAAAAACACAUUUAUUAUUAAGAACUGAUAUGAAUCAAUUAGAUAGUGAUCAACUAUUGAAAACAGAAUUUGUUCAAGGAAAUGUACUACUCAACUGGUUAUUUGGCUCAGAACUCUAUUUAAUACCAAAAAAAGCACAAAUUAAAACGGAUAUUCAACCAAGAAUGGAACAAUUAGCAAAAGAGAUUAAAAUGAAAACAAAAGAAGACGCGCAUUUGGUAUCAAUUGGUGGAUCAGAUCCAAUUGGUUUAUUUGGUUAUAUGUCUUGUUUUACAGAAUUAGAACCCUAUUUGGAUAAAUUAAACAUUGAACAUAUUGUAUUACCUUUGAGUAGUGGUGGAACAAUGGAAGGUCUCUCAUUAGCCUCUUAUUUUACCGGACGCUAUAAAUAUUUGAAAAUUCAUGCAUUUGCCGUGUCCGAUAAUCGUCGAGUAUUCUAUGAACAUUUUCAAAAUAUUUUGGAACAAAUUAAUCUACAUCAACAAUUAAAUGUUGAAAAUUUAGUUGAUAUUUGUGAUCAGUAUGUGGGUCUAGGAUAUGGACGUAUGACUAAUGAACAAACACAGUUUAUUAAACAAAUUGCAUCUAAAACCGGUAUUAUUUUGGAUCCCGUAUAUACAGGAAAAUGUCUUUGGGGUUUAAUAGAAGAAUUGAAAGUAAAUCCAAAACGUUUUGAUGGUGGAAAUAUUUUAUUUCUACAUACAGGUGGAAUUUUGGGUUUAAUGAAUCCAACGUAUGGAGAACAGUGGACAUAUACGAAAAUGGAUGAAAAUUAUGAAUUUUUAAUUCCUCCUGAACAUGCUAAAAUAUUUGCCAAAGCACUUCAAGUUCUCACAAAAAUGGGUGAUGAAAUUUAUGUUGAAUUAGUUAAACCUGGUGGAUUGAGUUUUCGUACAUCGAAUUCUUCUCGAAGUUCUUAUGCUUGUUUUGCAUUUCAUCGGCAAUUUUUCUAUGAAUGGCCAAAAGAUAUUUCGAAAAGUUCCAUUCGAUGUCGUGUGUCGGCCAAAAGAUGUUUAUCAGCUGUUCAUGCAAUAUCAUCAUCAAAGUCGUUAACUAGGCUUAUUCUUGUAUUUGACGAUAAAAAAUCAGUACUCUCAUUUAUUUUACAUUGUCGUUACGAUAUUGUUAAAACUCAUACGUUAUUUUAUAUCGAAUGUGAAACAUUACAAGCUGUUUUCUCAAAACAAUCUUACAAAAAUUCGGUUAGUAUUUUAAGUAAAACAAUACAAGAUAUCAUCAAUAAUUUUCCAACAAAAUGGGAUGAAAUAACCAUUAAAGCAACACAAGAUAAAAUUGUAUUUAAAAAUUCAAUGGAAAACGAUGAUGAAAAUCAACAUAGAAUGUCAAUUCAAAUGGCUUGUGAACCAAAUGAAUUUUGCACAUAUGAAAUUGAACAACCAUCAGAAAUUACAUUUUGUCUAAAAGAAUUACGAUUUUUUUUAACUAUGGCUGAUGCAAUUAAUAUUCCAUUAACACUUUUAUUCGAUAAAAAAGGACGUCCAAUUAUAUUUUGUUUUGAAUCUGAUGAAUAUUUUUUUGAUGGAACAUUUGUAUUUGCCACAAUUGCUGGUGAUGAAAAUGAUGAAACGAGUGGAAAUAAUCGAACAGACAAAAAAAGAAAUAAUUCAACAGUAUCAUCAUCGACAAUAACAACAAUCAAUCGAACAGGAAUUAUUCCAAGAAUUCAACAACAAACAAGACUACGAUCACCACCUCCUCCUGCUGUAACACCAUUUAGUCAAUCUUCAUCAACGCCGGAUUUAUCACAGACGCGUUUACCCACACAUAAAUUAUUUGCCGCCUAUCAACAACGUAUAGCCGAAGGUGACACGAGUAUAUUUACAUUGGAUCGUAGUAUGGCACAAACUCAACCGUGUACGACAACAAAAAUAUUAGCAGUUGACAGUGAUGAAGAUUGA